AUGUCAUCUCCUCACCUCUUCUCCACUUCCGCCGACCCAGAGCUCGAACCACCAUUGAUCCAGCUACCCUUAGCUCAGGUCCCGGGUGUACCUCCACAGUCACCACCUCCAGCCCAAACAGCAUCACCAAACGAGCCUCAAGGUUCUCUUACUCCUGUUCCCCUACCGGAACCAGAUUCAGACGAUGAUGAGGCCUCUGCACCUCCGAUAACACUCUCUGCGAGUGUGGUGCUCACAAACAUACCACGUGAUAGCAGGGUAGCUCUCGCGAAUGCGUUUAUGCCAAGCACGGCCAAAGUGACAAUACGCCUCUUAUCCAUCGGCUCAGCACCUUCUCUCAAGAAGAAAGUAUUUACCCUCACCGCCUCUAAAAAGUUCUCCGUUGUUGUGAACUUUCUUCGCAAAAAUCUAGGACUCAAUGGGCCACCUCCUGGUGCUUCACCCAGCAGUAGCGGGCAUUUGACCACGCAAACCAAUACCAACGGACAAAGUCUCUUUGUAUAUGUGAAUAGCACAUUUGCACCCGGUUUGGAUGAAGAAGUGGGAAAUCUAUAUAAAUGUUUUAAGAGGGAAAACGAGUUGGUCGUGAAUUAUUGCUUGACACCGGCAUUUGGGUAG